UACAUACUCAAAUUGUUAGGAGAGAAAAGGAUCAAAACCUGAAACAGUUCAUUCCUCGUUUGUUAAAGAGACUUGCCGACCCUCCACCAUGGAUUAAAUAAAAAUCAGUAAAAUAUAAUAAUAAACUCUUUCGAAUUAAGUUUCCUCGAACGAUUUACGUUGCUUCUGGAUCAUUUUGUUGCUUCUAUCCCACUCUCAUCGUCGUCUUCGUUUGAGCCUGGAGAGUCGGAGCUAGGGUUGUAUAUAUACGCGGGGAGAUGGAGGACGACUCGCCUCUUCCCAGCUCACAAGAGUUUCUCCUCCAGAGGCUUGGGGUUCCUAAAGAGUGCUGCUCCAAGCGUGGCCUAGUGGAGUUCGUUAGAGCUAACCACCAGUCCAUGAUCUCAGAGCUAGUCUCUGCUCUCUUACCUACUGAUGAGGAUGUUAAUGGUGGAUUGAAGGAAGCUAUGGAAAAGUUUCGGAAGCCUACCAUGAAAAAGAGGUUGAGAGAGAGCAUGAAUUGGCUCCAGUGGUUGAUGUUCCAGGAUGAUCCUGCUGUUUCUUUGAAGGAUCUGGCUAAACUGAAUGUUGAUCAGCGAGGAGUUUGCGGCUCCGUCUGGGGACACAAUGAUAUAGCGUAUAGGUGUAGGACAUGCGAGAAUGACCCAACCUGUGCAAUCUGCGUGCCUUGUUUCGAGCACGGAGAUCACAGCUCCCACGACUACUCCAUCAUCUACACAGGCGGUGGUUGUUGUGAUUGUGGGGAUGAGACCGCGUGGAAGCGGGAGGGCUUCUGCUCAAAACAUAAAGGCUCCGAACAGAUUCAGCCCCUCUCAGGAGAUCUAGCAGAGUCAGUUGGGCCUGUACUUGAUGCUCUCUUCGCUUGUUGGUAUAACAAGCUCUUAUCUGCAGAAAGUAUUAGAGAUGCCAGAUCCAACGAUGCUUCUUCUGUAGUGGUCCAAAAGAUGUCAAACGAGCUGACGUUUGUAGUGGUUGAAAUGCUUCUGGAGUUCUGCAAGUCCAGUGAGAGUUUGUUGAGUUUCGUUUCUAGAAGGAUUAUCUCUUCAUGUGGUCUACUGGAUAUUCUCGUAAAGGCUGAGAGGUUCUUGGACCAAGAUGCUAUGAAGAAACUACAUGACCUGUUCCUCAAAUUGAUUGCAGAUCCAGUCUUUAAGUCGGAAUUUGCCAAAGCAUUUGUGAGUUACUAUCCGCUUGUCGUAAGUGAAGCGGUUAAGCAGGGUGAUGAUUAUGCAUUCAGGAAAUAUCCACUACUGUCUACAUUUUCUGUGCAAAUCUUCACGGUGCCGACUCUAACACCGUUUCUGGUGAAGGAAAUGAAUUUGCUAGCUAUGCUUUUAGGAUGCCUCAGUGACAUCUUUCUUUCUUGUUCUGGAGAGGAUGGUGUGGUUCAGGCUACAAAGUGGGAACGGGUGUGUAAGACCAGCGACCGUGUCAUUGACGACUUGAAAUUUGUUCUGGGCCAUGCUGCAAUUUCGAAGUAUGCAACACAUGAACAUCGGGAGUUGUCAAGAUCAUGGUUGAUACUCUUGACCUUUGCUCAAGGAAUGAAUCCUCUAAAAAGAGAGUCUGGAAUCCAUAUUGAAGAAGAAAAUGAGUACAUGAAUUUGUUCUUUGUUUUGGGUCAUUCAAUAGCGGUUAUUCACUCUCUGCUGGUUACUGGUGCAUAUUCUGCUGCCAGUGAUGAAGAAGUAGAAAAUGAGAGAAUCACCAAGGUAGGACUUGAUACGUGUGACGGAGAUGGAGAAAGGUAUGCAAAAGUUGGGAGAUUGUCUCAUGAAGAUUCGGUAUGUACUGCGAUGGAAAGCAGCAGCUCAUCUGAUAGCUCGAUGGCCUCUGCAGUCCACAAAAUUGACCCUUUCUGUGCUCUGCUUCCUUCUUGUGCCAUAUGGUUGAUACGCGAGUGUUUGAAAGUUCUGGAGACAUGCCUCGGAGACGAUGAAGGUAUAUCAAAAUUUCUUUGCAAGUUGUGUUCUCCUAGCGGUAGAAACAUCCCUGGCAGCAAGAUCUCGUGGCCAAGCAGAAAAUUGUUAAAGGUUGAAACUGGAAGAAGUGUAUCUAGUGGUUUUGCCGGUUCCAGUAGAGAUCCAAGUACUGGCUUAUCACCUCUGUGCGGCGAUAUACACACAGAUCUUCGCUUGGAUAAUGUUGGUGGAUUUAAUGGGGAGGUUCAGACAGAUGUUACGGCUUACUCUAGGAGAGUUUCUUGCAACUCUUCCGAUCAGGCGAAGAAUGCAUCAGAAAUACACAUACUUGGUCUGUGUGAUUGGCCGGACAUCCACUACGAUGUGAGCUCUCAGGCCAUAUCUAUUCAUCUACCGAUUCAUCGGUUACUAUCUUUGCUCAUACAAAAAGCAUUAGGGAUGUGUUAUGGAGAAUCUGCAUUGCACCAUGGAGCCAAUGUUAGUCAUGAGAUCCCUCAUGCCGACUUCUUCAGCUAUGUGUUAGGAGAUUGUCAUCCUCAUGGAUUUUCAGCUCUUGUUAUGGAGCAUGUGGUCCGGCUUAGGGUGUUCUGUGCCCAAGUUACUGCUGGAAUGUGGAAGAAGAAUGGGGAUUCUGCAUUAGUAUCUUGUGAGUGGUAUCGGUCAGUUCGCUCAGUUCGCUGGUCAGAACAGGGACUUGAGCUUGAUCUAUUUCUUCUACAAUGUUGUGGUGCGUUGGCUCCCGCAGAUUCUUAUGUUAAUAAGCUUCUUUCUCGAUUUGGACUCUCGAGCUAUCUUUCCCUAAACCCCGAUACAACAACUGAGUAUGAAGCAGUUUUGGUCCAAGAAAUGCUUGCUCUUCUGAUACAGAUUCUGCAAGAAAGGCGAUUUUGUGGUCUUUCUACUACUGAAAGUUUGAGAAGAGAGAUCAUCUUCAACUUAGCCACUAAAGAUUUCACUCAUAGUCAAUUGGUCAAAUCUUUACCCCGUGAUUUGUCCAAGUCAGAUGAGCUCCAGGAGGUCUUAGACGACGUUUCAGUCUUUAGUAAUCCAUCCGGAAUGAACCAGGGAAAGUAUUCACUACGGGCAUCUUGUUGGAAGGAACUGGAUCUCUACCACCCUCGUUGGAAUUCAAGAGAAUUGCAAUCUGCAGAAGAAAGGUUUUCACGCUAUUGUGGAGUGUCUGCGCUGGCCACUCAACUUCCUAGAUGGAAGAUGAUCUAUCCGCCUCUAAAGGGUCUUGCUAGAAUAGGCACUUGCAAAGCCACAUUUCAAAUCAUUUGUGCUGCUUUGUACUACGCACUACAGAGUGGUACAUCUAUUAAAUCACGCGCUCCUGAUGGCGUUCUCAUAAGUGCACUGCACUUACUCUCGUUAUCAUUGGAUAUUUGCACUCAGCAAAGGGAAUCUAAUCUUCAGGCCUGUUACGUAGAAGAUUCAAUUCCUAUUCUCGAAUUAGCUGGUCUAGAAAUAAUUGGUACAAAUCAAGGGACGGGAAAGCAAAGUUUGUUGUCGCUUCUUGUUUCAGUAAUGAGGAAUCGUAAAGACGAUGGUCGCCAUCAAUUUUCAGAGGCAGGCAGUUGCAAUAUAUCGUCCUGGAUUCGAGAUCUGUUGAAGAAGUUCAGUGCAAUUGAUUCUGUUUGUAUGAACCUCUUGCAAAGUCUUGCCCUGGAGGCGGUCGGUCAAUCUGAGUUUGAUAAAGUCACAUCAGGCUCUACUUCUGAUGAGAAACGCAAGGCUAAAGCUAGAGAGAGGCAGGCUGCUAUACUGGCAAAAAUGAAAGCUGACCAAUCAAAAUUCUUGUCUACCUUGAGUUCCAGCAUGGAUGGUGAUGAUCCAGUAUCUGAAACUGAAAAAGGUGCUUCUGUGAUGGAACAUGAUUCAGAAAUUUCUGUUCGUGAAGUUUGCUCCCUCUGCCAUGACCCAGAUUCCAAAGACCCGGUUUCUUUCUUGAUUUUUCUCCAGAAAUCUAAAGUUUUGAGUUUUGUCGAUAGAGGCCCUCCAUCUUGGGAACAAUGUCCACAGUUCGAAAAGACGAUUCCCGUGUCUGGGUCUACUAAUGUGCUACAGUUAUCAGAUGAUGCAACCUCUGAGUCUAGGACAGAUUCUGUGCUUGAAGCUUUAACAACCCGGCUUAUAGGGAAUGGUCAGAAGGAGAAAAGGUCUAGCGAUAGGAGGGGAAAAGAUGAAUCUGACAUUGAAUCAUUGGAGAUGGCUAUGUAUCAAACUGUUCGCAGAAAAGUUGAAAUGAUAAAUCAAAGCCUUGCACAUGUUGAUCAUCAACGGCAUGAUGAUGCUGAAAGUAGUUCGGAGAGAAGUUCUGUUGGUGCUCUAUCUACUUUGCAAGUUAGAUUACCUGAUAGUCGACCAAAACAAACCUCCAAACAUUCAGAUGUCAGUUUCGAUGGGUUUCACCCAACCGACUGUGACGGAGUUUAUCUUUCGUCAUGUGGACAUGCUGUGCAUCAAAUCUGUCUUGAACGAUAUUUAAAGUCCUUAAAGGAAAGGUCUGAGAGAAGAAAUGUCUUUGAAGGUGCACAUAUCGUGGAUCUUGCACAGGGAGAAUUUCUCUGUCCUGCAUGCCGCCGACUAGCUAAUUCUGUAUUGCCUGCAUGUCCUGGAGAUUUAUGUUCUGUCUCAAAGCUACAAGAAAGUUUGUUUGCUAAGUUAGGUGGAUCAGAUGCACAAAUGCCUUCUCUUUGGCUCUCUGAAGCGUUGUGUCUUCUGCAAUCUGCAGCAGAUGAGAUUGAAGAUGGUGAUAUUGUUAAAAACGUUUCUCUGCAAGGAGAUGAGCGAAGAAGGAAAGAUCUUGAAUCUGUCUCCAACAAGCUCUGGAAUUUCUAUUUUGCUAAGCGACAGGACAAACCUCCUGGAACUUCUUGGCUGCCACAAUCAAUCCUCAUGUGGGACACCCUCAAGUACUCUCUUAUUUCAGUGGAAAUUAUUACUCGUUGUGCGAAGAAUUCGAUGUGUCCUGUGUAUUGUAUUGGCUCCUUGUAUGAAGAGUUUAACACUUCUAAGGGAACUGCUUUGUCACUCUUAUUACGAGUGGUACAGAGCACCCGAACAAAGAGUGCUUUACAUGUCCGUCAGAGAUUUAUGGGUAUGAGGCAUCUUGCGGAGUCUAUAUGCUCUGGAGUUUCAAGUAGUUCUUCGAGCAGCAUAUUCGAAAGUGAAGGAACGGUAGGUUCGAUGAAGCAUAUACACCUGCUCUGGAACCGAACAUCUGAUCCAGUUCUUGCCCAUGACCCAUUUUCAUCAUUGAUGUGGGCUCUCUUUUGUCUCCCAUCUCCUUUUAUCACAUGCGAGGAAUCUCUAUUAUCACUUGUGCAUCUUUUCCACAGUGUCUCUCUUGUUCAGACUGUAAUUGCCUAUUGUGCAGGCCGCGUGUGUGACUUGAGCGAGUUAGAUUUUGAGGAAAAUCUUCUUAGGGAUAUCUCCAUCGCUUUGAGAGAAUCAGGUGGUUGGGGAUAUUUCAGGUCUAACUAUAUGGAUUUAUCAUGUGAUAUAAAAGAGACAAUCCGUAAAUAUAGUCUCCCUUUCUUGAGGAGAUGUGCAUUGUUGUGGAGACUACUGAAAACUAGUCCUGGGAAGUUUCAUCAAGAGGUACAUAUGUUUGAUGUUCCCUCUGACUCCACCAACGACAGUAUGGACUUCAUGUGUGGUCCCAAAUCUGAGCUGAAUCAUGUGCAUGAAUUGGAGAAAAUGUUCAAGAUUCCCCCUAUCGAUACCAUUCUUAGUGAUGAGCUUCUCCGGUCUUCAACACAAAAAUGGCUUCGUCACUUUCAGAAGGAAUACAGCGUUAACAGAGUUAAAGGGCCUCUUUGCAUAACCCCUGUAGUUCCUUUCCAGCUUAUGAAAUUACCCAAUCUAUACCAGGAUCUAAUUCAAAGGUGUAUCAAAAAACCUUGCAGCAACUGCACGAAAGUUAUAGAAGAACCUGCAUUAUGUCUUCUUUGUGGAAGGUUGUGUUCUCCCAUAUGGAACCCUUGUUGCAGGGAAAGUAGUUGUCAGACUCAUGCCGUAACCUGUGGUGCUGGUACCGGUGUAUAUCUUCUGAUACGGCGGACCACAAUUUUGCUACAGAGAUUUGCAAGACAAUCACCUUGGCCGUCUCCGUACUUGGAUGCGUUUGGAGAAGAGGAUAUCGAAAUGAUCAGAGGAAAGCCACUAUACCUGAAUGAAGAACGUUAUGCUGCAUUAACUUACAUGGUUGGUUCUUAUGGACUGGAUCACAUUUCGAAAGUUCUCAAUCAAACCACAAUCGGAGGAGCCUUCUUCACUUGAGAGACACAAGCUGUUCCUUUUCCAUCCUUCCUCUCUCAGGGGUUGUUCUCUCUAUAUAAAUUGCAUAUGCAUGCUACUGCUUUCAAGAUUUGGGAGUUUUUCUGAUGAUUUUUUUUUUUAAACUUCUUUCACUUUGUUUGGUUGAUUUCUUUAUUUGUGGAGAUGUUAUCAAGUUUGCAAACCAGAGUUUUUUCUUUGCAGUUGAAUAGCUUUAUUAUGAGUUAAAAAAUAACCAACUUUAA